UUUCAUUUUUGUGAUUGAAAUUCAGACAUGCAAGUUGUUCUGUUUCGCAUGUGACAUGACACGUGUAGGCCGCUACGUCCAGAAAAACGUCAAACUACCACGUCCCGCCCUCCGCUCUUGCCCAUGGAAAAUGCCUUCGUUUUCGUUAUCAGGUUGUGAAACUAGAAAAUGAAAGAUUUGAAAGAAAGUGGAAGAAAAAUAAACUGUAGUAGUAAAUAAGAAAAUCAAAAUCAAACUAACAACUAAACCACUUAGCACCACCAGUUGAAUUCCAUGUAGUUCUUUCAUUCGUUCAUGGUUUAUGUUACUUGCAAGUUGGCGAAUCUACCAUCACUCAUUCUUUACUAAAUUCCUAACAACAGCAAGAAUCUUUCUCUCCAGACAACAGUCCACUCUUUUCAUCUCCAAGCGCUCUAAACUGCAUAGCCCCUGAAACCCACCAAGCAAACGUGAUGGACAUUUGGUCUUGGAUAUGUGAGCUUCCUAGCUCUGAAGAGUGGGCCGAAUCUGACUCACCACUAAUCUUUAGACUUGCGAGUGCUGGAAAGAUGCAAGGCGACUCGAGUCGUUCAAUCCAACUCAGAGCAGAGCGUACAUUCGAGUCCAAUUCAGAGGCCUUGCUGACUUUCAACAUAUGUUUCGAAGGGUUUCAACCUUCCGAUACUCAAAAGCCUAUCUGGGUUUCUGACGCAUGUCCUCUAUCUUCAGAGCAACCGUUCCUCCCUCUAGUACUCCAGCUUGUCCAAGAAAUCAUCAACCGUUCACCUGCGGUCCCUGACAGCACCUGCCCAAGGUCCCAGCUCCAGAAACUCAAACCCAAACCCGUUUCUUGGAUCAUGGAGUCUCACUCACCCGACUCAUUUUCAAGUUUCUUUAACUUGGUCUUUCUGACGCGCUUGUUUUGGUUGUGUGCUUGUGACGCUCCUAGUGAAGUUGGGUCUUUCUAUUUUCAAUAUUUGCUAGGUCCAAAUAUCGAAAUCUUAACAUGCAAACAAGCUCCUGUGCUGCGGACUUUUCUGGUAUCUGUUGGUGUAGACACCGAGCUCUGUUUCAUGCGAACCUUGGGGUACAUGCUGGUAAAAUGGAUCAUUUUAAAGGAAGUUAGCGUUGGAUUACAAACACUAACUCCUUUAGUGCAGCACUUGGGAAUUUCAUAUGCAACUGAGGCUCAUGGACUGUGGACCUUGAAGGGAUAUGCACCUAUUAACGCAAUGAAGCUGACGCAUUCCAGUGAUCAAAGGAGUAAAUUUCCUGCCAUUGGAGCCAAGGAGUCAUUGUUAAGAUACGCCCUAGCACACCAGCAGCUUGAGGCAGUCAUUCAAUUGGAAUACUCCGUGGGAUUCUACGAUGGGUAUAUUCAGGUAAAUGCACGUGUUGAUAAUUUACGCUUCCACGUGGCUAAACUAGGAUUAAGUAAAAAAAAGGCUGACAUGGAUUUUUUCGAUGAAAGACACUUUCCAUCGAGGAUCCGAGUUUGGGCUGGACCGGAAGUUGGGACAACGUAUGUGUCCGCGUUAAGCUUGGGUCGCUCCACAAACAAUGGAGAAAGCGAAGUAGAAAAGCAAAGAAUCGUCAAAGGGAGUUUAGGAAAAUUAAAGACUCCGCAUGUUAAAGCCAGAGCAAAGGUGUCCAUGAAGAACAAGAUGAAGAAUUGGAGGUGGGAUCAAGACGCCGAAGGGAAUGCUGCGGUGUUUGAUGCAGUUUUAUGCGACAAUGUGACAGGUCAUGAGAUUGCCACAUGGAACUCGUUCGAUAAUGUUAAUUACAGUGGCAGCGGCAAAAAUAGUUUUCACAAUAGGUAUUAUGGAGUUAACAGGCCAUUUACCAAAACUGGUGGGUUGGUUUUUGCUGGAGAUGAUUAUGGAGAAAGAGUGGGGUGGAGAUUAAGCAGAGAAAUGGAAGGAAGUGUUUUGAAGUGGAGAAUUGGAGGGCAAGUUUGGUUAAGUUAUUGGCCUAAUAAUGUUAGAAGUUCUUACGUCGAGACAAGGUGCGUGGAAUGGUGUGACGAAGUUGAUUUGCCAUUGAUUCCUGCAAAAUAGAAUAGUGAAUUUGAGCUUGUAAAAACUCGUGUAUAAUGAAAUAUAUAUAUAUAUAUAUAUAUGUAUAGCACUAUUAUGCUAGCUAGAGGCUUCCUAGGCCUUAGUUUGC